GCACUGUGUCAGAUUUCAUGAUGAUGUUUGAGAGUCCGUCCUGUGCRGUGUGAUGCUGAGCGGAUGAAACCAGGGACCCGGAGGGAGGGAAGGAGGCAGGCAGGCGGAGAGAGGAUCCUCCUGAAAGAAAGAAGAGCCGAAGCACCGAUGCUGCCUUCACAAGCGGUGGGAUCCGUGGACUGUCAGCUCCAGCUGCAAAUGGAUCUUCGUCGGGCUUUAAUCAAUUCGUUAAGUUGGAAGAAAUAGGAGAACCAAAGCUUGAGCUGUAAAUGUGUCGGCAUCAGAGAACUCAGUAUGAAGAAGUCGGCCCGGCCAGCGGCGAGUAAGGUCAGCGGGGAACGAGGGAAAUCGGAGGCUGCCGGCGCCGGAAAGUCCUCAGCAAAAAGUGUCACUGCUGCACCUCUGAAUAAGGUGAAAAGCAAUGAUGAUCUUUUAGCGGCCAUGGCUGGAGGGAAUCCCGUCACUAAGACCAAGAAGACUGGCUCCAUUGGAAGUAGCUCUACCAACCAAGAAAGCAAGCCAAAAACUACAUCAGGGUCUCUGUCCAAGCGUACAACAUCAACGGCUUCCAAGGAACCAAAUUCUUCACGAGAUCGCCUUCGGACUUCAAGAGGUUCAGCUGCUAAGAAGCAAUCGGUGUUGGGCAGCGUGUCGGGGGAUGUAGCCUCAGGAAAACGCUCCCGGAGCCAGACGGUGGCCGAAUCAGACGGCCGCAUGAGCAAGUCCAAAUCAGACGGUCAGAUCAGCGAUAAGGUCGCUCUGGAAGCCAAAGUGAAAGAUCUGGUGGGUCUGGCUAACAGCAAAGACGUGGAGAUCCUCCACCUUCGCAGCGAGCUGAGGGACAUGAGGGCGCAGUUGGGCCUGGGGGGGAAGGAGGCGACACCCCAGGAGCAGGAGGAAGAGGAGGCCGGGGAGAAAGAGAAGCCCCAGGUGUCGGCCAUCACUGCCGCUGACGUGGAGUCCACUCUGAUCCUCCUGCAAGAGCAAAACCGAACCAUCCGAGAGGAGCUGAACCUGCUGAAGAGCGAGAACCGCAUGCUGAAGGACCGGCUCAACGCGCUGGGCUUCUCCCUGGAGCAGCGGCUGGACGGAACCGACAAGCUCUUCAGCUAUCCGUCCUCCCUGAGCCCAGACUUGUCGGCCAGCGGCGCGCACGGCGACACGGCCAGCGCCGGCGCGCUGACGUCCUCGGUGGAGGGCUCGGCGCCCGGCUCCCUGGAGGACCUGCUGACGGGUCACCAGCACGGCGGCUCAGUAGACAACCUGGACAGUGAGUCCAGCGAGGUCUACCAGGCCGUCACGUCCAGCGACGACGCCCUGGACGCCCCCUCGGGGGCGUCCUCCUCGUCCGAGUCGGAGUGCGCCCCGGGUGCAGYGGUGGCGCGCUCGCGCAGAGGCAGCAGCGGCGACACCAGCGAGGUGUCGGUGGCCUGCCUGACGGAGCGCAUCCACCAGAUGGAGGAGAACCAGCACAGCACGGCGGAGGAGCUGCAGGCCACGCUGCAGGAGCUGGCCGACCUGCAGCAGAUCACCCAGGAGCUGAACGGGGAGAACGAGCGGCUCGGCGAGGAGAAGGUCAUCCUUAUGGACUCGCUGUGCCAGCAGAGCGACAAGCUGGAGCUGUACGGCAGGCAGAUCGAGUACCUGCGCUCGCUGCUGGACGAGCACCACGUCGCCUACACGCUGGAGGAGGACAUCAAGAGCGGCCGCUACCUGGAGCUGGAGCAGCGCUAUGGCGACCUGGCCGACAACGCCCGCUUCGAGAGGGAGCAGCUGCUGGGCGUGCAGCAGCACCUGUCCAACACGCUCAAGAUGGCCGAGCAGGACAAUGCCGAGGCGCAGGAGAUGAUCGGCGCGCUGAAGGAGCGCAACCACCAGAUGGAACGCAUCGUGGAGUCGGAGCGGCAGGACCGGGCGGCGCUGGAGGCGGCGCUGGACGAGUACAAGGCGGCGGUGAGCAGUGACCAGGCCGAGCUGGGCCGCUGCCGGGCGCAGCUGGAGCAGGAGAGGCAGCGGGUGGUGGAGCUGUACUCGCUGCACACGGCCGGCGACAAGAACGACAUCUGCCAGCUGCUGGAGGGCGUGCGGCUGGGGAAGGAGGAGGCGGAGGCCAAGGCGGCCAAGACGCAGGAGGAACUGGAGCRGGCGCACGGCGAGCUCGGCCGGCUGCAGGAGACCUUCAGCAAGCUGGACAGUGAGUACAGGGGCUUCCAGGACCAGGCGCAGCGGCGGAUCGCUGAGCAGGAGGGCGCUCUAGAGAAGCGGCGCGUGGAGCUGCAGGAGAAGGAGACGGAGAUCGGCGACAUGAAGGAGACCAUCUUUGAGCUGGAGGACGAAGUGGAGCAGCACCGAGCCCUGAAGCUCCAUGACAACCUCAUCAUCUCGGACCUGGAGAACUCUGUGAAAAAGCUGCAAGACCAGAAGCAUGACAUGGAGAGAGAGAUCAAGACUCUUCAUCGCAGACUCAGGGAGGAGUCGAUGGAGUGGCGCCAGUUCCAGGCCGAUCUGCAGACAGCCGUGGUCAUCGCUAAUGACAUCAAGUCCGAGGCGCAGGAGGAGAUAGGAGACCUGCGGCGCCGCCUGCAGGAGGCGCAGGAGAAGAACGAGAAGCUGAGCAAGGAGCUGGACGAGGUCAAGAGCCGCAAGCAAGAGGAGGAGAGAGGCCGAGUGUACAACUACAUGAAUGCGGUGGAGCGGGACCUGGCGGCCCUCAGACAGGGGAUGGGUCUGAGUCGGAGGUCGUCCACCUCCUCAGAGCCGUCGCCCACCGUGAAGACGCUCAUCAAGAGCUUCGACAGCGCCUCACAAGGCCCGCCCUCUAACGGCGCCGCCGUCGCUCCGACUGCCUCCGCUCUGACUGCCUCCGGUCUGACUGCCUCCGCUCCGACUGCUUCCGCUCCCCCGUUACCUCGGACCCCCCUCAGCCCCAGCCCCAUGAAGACGCCUCCAGCUGCUGCUGUUUCACCCAUGCAGAGACACUCCAUUGCUGGGUCCAUAGCGGCGACCAAACCACUCUCAUCGUUGACUGACAAGAGACCCAGCUACACAGACAUGACCAUACCAGCUGAGCACCUCCUCAGGGGAGCCCCGACCAGCCGACCGCCUCCCGUCCUGCAGAGGGUCUCCAACAUCGACUCCACCAAGGCCAUCUCAGUGUCGCGGAGGAGCAGUGAGGAGAUGAAGAGGGACAUGUCGGCGUCGGAUGGAGCCUCCUCCACCUCCCUCAUGGCCAUGAGCUCUGCUUCCUCCCCCCUCUCCCUCUCCUCCUCGUCCCCCACCGCCUCCGUCACGCCCACCACCCGCAGCCGCCUGAGAGAGGAGAGAAAGGACCCGCUGUCGGCACUGGCCAGGGAGUAUGGAGGCUCCAAGAGAAACGCUUUGCUCAAGUGGUGCCAAAAAAAGACCGAAGGUUAUCAGAACAUCGACAUCACCAACUUCAGCAGCAGUUGGAAUGACGGCCUGGCCUUCUGCGCCUUGCUACACACCUACCUGCCCGCACACAUCCCAUACCAGGAGCUCAGCAGCCAGGACAAGAGGAGAAACUUCACGUUAGCUUUCCAGGCUGCAGAGAGCGUCGGCAUCAAAUGCACAUUGGACAUCAAUGACAUGGUCCACACGGAGCGGCCCGACUGGCAGAGCGUCAUGACAUACGUCACCGCCAUCUACAAGUACUUCGAGACCUGACUCCCGACCGCAGCGCGUCGCCCGCCUAACAAUUGCAGCAGCACAAUCACAGCCGCGGCGAUGCGCCCGGCGACCACUCCGUCUGCAUCUGUUACACCUCACCGGCCCAAUCCCGCCGCACGCUAUUAGCUAUUAGCUGAGCUUAGAGCUCAAGCAGCUGGGGCCCGAUCACACGUUUACCGUUACACUAGUAAGCCAUGAGAAGUGACCGGUCGAAGCCGGAUCUGAGCAGAAUCCGCUCGAUCUGCUGGGACAAGUCCAGACGAUCCGUGGAUCGGGAGCCGCAAAAGAAAAAUGUCAGUGCCUUCUGUUUCGGCUUCUGUUGUUUUUGUUUCAGCGAUGUUUAUGAGGAAGUUUUUCCAACCUAAAUUCACUCGGAAAUUCUCAACAUUUCUUUCGUUUGGUCGGAACAUUAAGCAGAGAGUUUACGUUUCAUGUGUGUUUUUUUUUUGUUUUGUUUUUUUUUACACCAUCCCGCAGCAGGGCUGGUUGGUUGCCUAAUUUAAAAAAAAUAUUCCUUUUGGAAACACUUUGGACUUGUUUUGCACCAAGUCUUCCAGACAUGACAGUUCGAUGCAGACGCCUUUGUUUCAGUGGACAAAGUGCCUGUGAGUUUAAUGCAGGAAAACCAGGAAAUGAGCUCUGUGUCGCUUUGUGAAGUUGCCAAAUAAGUAUCAUAGACUUGUAAUUGUUUUUGUUUUCGCCUAUUUUAACCAGGAUAAAGUGACGUUAGGUUCUCCAGCUCCAUCACCCAGUUUAAACCACACUAACUCUGUCUUUAUAGAUCUGUGAAAGUUGAUUCAUAUUCAUUUAAAGUUGCAUAAAUAUCCUGACUUCUGUGUAAAAUGUCUGUGUUGCGGUUCCACUCUUCUCACUCGGCACACGGCGUCGUUUCUUCAGAACCAAAGCGUGAGCAGAGUGCCGUCCUCAGCAGAAUGCCUUCUGUGGAAAAAUCAGGCCUCGAGUUUGAGGGAAAAGUCUUUGAGUCGUUUGGAUUGAUGCACGUUUUUCUUUCCUAAUAGUUGGAAGGGAUUAUCUGCGUUUUGUUUGUGUGUUUUUAAUGCGAGGUUCGGCGCCAGGCUUGGCGUAAACGCCCGACUCGAGCCAAAGGAAAUUAAAAAAUCUGCAUACCAGCGCCUCUAAUGAUUAAUAACAUGUUUUGUUUUGUAGUCUGAGAAAUCCCAGCUUGUUCUAGAUGGAGAGGGAUGGACAGUUUUUCUUGAUGUGAGGCUCUGAMUUCGUAAAGUCAGCGAKGGAGGUGCAGUUUUGCAGAUGGUUGUGUGUUUCUCUUUGGCAGAGUCGUGUUGUAGCUGCAGAGGUCGUGUAAGUUAUCAACUGGCCGUAACCUCACACUGCAGACUGAUCUAAUCCCGGAUAGCGAUUAAACCGCCCAAAUGUCAAAUUCUUCUCUGAACAAGAUGUUUCUUGUGCUUCUAAAUGAAACAAAGUGUCUGUAUAAUCCAUUCUGAUUUUUUUUCUUCUUCGUUUUUUUAAUGUUUGUGUCUUUUCUUAGCAUAACUAAUCCACACUCGUGAUGCUGCGUAAAUGCCGUUUAUUCACUCGAAAUCCAGCCUGCAGCCGUUUUGUCAGGCCGUCUGACUGCUGUGUGCUGCCUGUGCCUCACAUGCAGUUAUUCUUUUAUUUAUUUGCAGCGUUUUCAUGAAGUCAUUACUUGAGUGUCUUACCUAUCUAUGAAGUUAUUGCACACACAGCAAGUAGCUGCACUGAGAUAAGCUUUUUUCUUUUUUUUUUUUUUUUUUUUUUUUGUAUGCCACACUAACGUUCUUGCCUUAAGAGUUUAGCCGAGGCCUGCGCUACUGACAGUCGGACACCAGAUUUUGAAGGACGUUCCUGAAACCUGCUGGGCCUCGACUUUCGCCUUAUUAAGAAACUGACGUUUGUUGUGUUGAGGUUGAAAUCUGUGACUGAGUAUUAAGGCCUGCGUAAAUAGAAAAAGAUAAAAGAUGUGUACAUUUCCGCCAUAAAAGUUCUUACAUUUUCUAGGGAAAAAAAAACAAAAAACAAGGACAUUUCUGAGAUGCACAAGUCAAAAGUUUGCUAGGAAAAACUCUGAAAUUUUUAGAUUAAUCUCAGAAAAUUUCUAGAAAAA